AUGUGCCACCAUGCAUUAGCGCUGUGGACCGCUAAUCGGGUGAUCUGGCGUCGGGCUUACCAUGGUUGGUUGUUACCAAUUGUCAACAACAAGCGCAAGGCCGCUGCCGAAAAGGCGGUUGCUACCAAGGCUGCCAAACGAGCCCAGAAAGGAGCCAAGCACCCCCCAACAACCACCACCGUCACCACUUCGAAUCCCACCCCCGCUGCCAAUGCAAACCUUGAUGCUGCCGUGAGGCGGCGUGGUGUGAUGAAACAGCUCUGUGAUUGUGAACAGCACAAAGGUCUGAAUGAGUUCGAGCAAUUUCCAAUUUCUGGCGAUGUGGUAAGUGGUAGUUUUGGUCUUCUGGUAAUGAAUAGUGGUGACAAUGGUCAGUUGAUUCCCGCGUGCGCUUUCCGAUGCCCCUACUGCACCUACGCCUGUUCCUCCAAAGGGCACAAGGGGUCAACGGUCAGAAAACAUGUCAGAAAUAUGCACAUCAAAACCGGGCACUACCCAUCGCUUCAAAUGGCGCAGGGCUCCUCUGGCCACCCGCACCACCGCUUGGAAAAAGUUGUUGAUCUCCCCCCCGCCGACGAGAGUGAGUUCUCUGCUUCUGCCGCCCCGGCUGUGUCUGGUCCCAUGGUCCCUUUUAGCGCCCCUGUUGUCACGUCUGGUCCCGCGUCUUCCUCUUCAUCUAAUAACAAUGGCAACCAGGUUUCCCGUUCUGCUUCUGUGUCUUCUGCCUCAGCCCGGCCUCCCACUGAUUAUGACAAUGAUGAGUCUGAUGGCUUUGUGUCUGAACCUCCCGCCAGCUGUACCACCCCCGCCCGGCGCCAGCCCACCAACAACCAGCGGCCUCCCAGCAGUAACCAGCGCGCUACCACCACUGCCAAGCGGCCUCUCACUGGCCAUCGGCCGGCUACCCGCUCCCAACAUGAUGGCCCAGUGGAGGAGCACAUUGACCCUAGUCCUGAGGAGGCUGCAGCUGAAGCGCAAGAUGCUGAUGACCUUUUCUAUCAGCAUCAGCGUUGA